UAUUAUUUAGCACCAUUAUAAGGUUGACAUUCAUCACUUUGAGAAAAAUAUCUUCAUAAAUAAUGGAUGGAUUGAAAUAGGACUUGGACAGACAUUCAUGUUCCCCUCUGGAUAAACUGUAAUAACUUAUAGGGUAUUUUGUCUCCACACCAUGAGCAAUACAAGUACACAGACAAAUAUCCAUGUCCUUAGUCCCAGCAUCAAGUCCAGUGGAAUAUGAGUGAGUUCAUUGUAAUUAAUGCAUUUAAAAUUUACAUGUGUUUACAUUUAUGUGACUGAGUCAUUAAAGUUCAAUCUGGGACAAGGAACACAGAUAGUAAAAUGAAACUGACGGUCAGAUGAGAGGUAAAAGAGUCAUUGGUAGAUAAACUGAAACAAUACCACCAUUCAGCUGAGAGAGACGCCCAACAGACAUAGUCAAAUGAGGCCCGCCGUCUUCCUUUUGAGAGUCAAACGUCAUCCGGACAGAGAGUAUGCACGGUGCUCUGUACCACAGCUCUGUCAGCUCGUGACAAACGUGUAAAGGAUGGAGAAGAAGAAGCCAAAUGUUGACCUCCACAUGGAGGCCUCAGAAGGAGGCCUGAAGGAGCUGGUGCUGAGGUGGUUCACCGAGACGCAGGCGCCGCUUAUCCUCAACAACGGGAACUUCCCAGACUGGUUUCAAGGCUUUGCUGCGAGAAAGGACACGGAAGAUCUGCUGAGAGAUAAAACUCUGGGCUGUUUUCUCAUUCGCCUCAGUGAUAAAGCCAUCGGAUACAUCCUGUCAUACAAGGGCAAUGACAGGUGCCGCCAUUUCGUCAUCACCCAGAAUCAAGAUGGACAGUUUGUCAUAUCUGGAGACUGUCAGACCUACGGCAGUCUCACAGAGCUCAUAGAGCACUACAAAGUCAGCCCCAUCCAGCCGUUUGGGGAAUACCUGACCUCCAGCUGUUAUGAGGUAGACACGGAUGAGCUGUACGAUGUGGUGAACUACAAGACCAAAAGGACGUCCGGGGUUAGUGUCCAGGCUAUGCGGACUCUGUGGGACUCAAAAAGUGAUCAACACAGUGACCAUGGCAAUACUCCAAAGAUCCAGCAGCAAAACGAUGCCGUGACGCCGUCUCCUGCACUGCCGCCUCCUGCACUGCCGCCUAAAUCCAGAAAGCUGACGGGAGCGGUGUCUGUCGACACGGUGUCCCUCUCACAGGUUGUACCUCCAGUGCCAAAAAGAGGCUUCCCUCUGGGCUUUUCCCUGAGUGGAUCUUUACCCGAGACAAUGUCACCUUCAAGUGAACCACAGACCGACCCAAACCGACCAGAGAGACUUGGAGGAAACACAACCCCAGUGCUAAUGUCUGAUAGAGACUCAAUUAACACGACCAAUAAGAGCUAUCCAGGUGAUCUUUGCCCACCAGGGGUGACAUACUCAGAGCUGACCCCGGUGGAGGGCAGAAGCAGAUCUCUACCAAAACUGAACAACAGCAGCGGGGAGGAGGAAGAGUACUCCAACUCUCUUAAUCUCAGUACACACUCCUUCACAACAUCAUCAGCAUCUCAUUCACCCAGUCCUGUGAAGAGGGUCACCUGUCAUACCUACUCCCUCCAUGAACCCAGAGACAAUUCCAAGCUGAACAGCUCCAGGUCAGAACAGCAGGGCGACGAUGUGGAAAUACUGAGGUCCAACCCGCUGUACCACACCUCCGAGGGGCCCGGAGGGAGUUCAGCAGUACAGCAGGGAGGCAGCAUGUAUGCCGAGCUUACCCAGAGGCCAGCGCCCGCCGGGCUGUCUGACAACACCUAUGAGCAGAUCCCCGGGGAGGCCGCCACCGUCCAAGGAAACACCUACGAGUCGCUGGAGGACAUGAAGUCCAAGAAGGCCAAAUCCACCUGGGGCAAAAAUAAUAUGAAAUGGAAGAAAUUCCUUCCUGAUUACAUGAAGAAAUAAAAGUGACACAAAGGACUGGGCAUCAACUGUUUAGAUAUUUUGUUAAAUGAGACAGAAAUUAGUAUUACAGGCGGAUUCCUUUGAUGAUAACAUUUUAUGACGUGAGAAAGUGUAGUUGUGUAGUUGUGUAGAAUUCAGACCGUUUGGGUUAUUUAAAGUGUGGCUGUAUGAGGUACUGAUCCAUAGUCAGUGUAUUACCUACAGUAGAUGAUGGUCAACAUGCCCCCAGGCGGCCCGGAGACUAGCAUGAAGCUAAGAAAUGUACUACUGUGAAAGGGGGCAACUUCAUUGACUAAAACCAUAAUUUUGCGGGAUUAGUCCACCACUGCCUCGUUCCUCUGCAACUAACAUUAGUUUGGAUCCCAAUUAAUGUGUUAAAACGGCGGUCACACAAUAACUCAAACAAAUUAACGAAUCGAGGCAUGGGUUUAUUACUGUUUUUGUCAGUGAAGUCUUGUAGCUUUUGAAGAGAAUAUAGGUCACUAUAAAGGCUUCAGUUUCCUAUUGAAAUUUUACAUUGCAGAACACUGGAGUUGCAGGUCCGCAGCAGUUGUUAGUUGUUGCUGAUCGAGGCAAUGGUAGACCUGCAACUGCUGCGUUUUGAGCGGUAAAAUUAUAGUUUAUGUCAACAAAGUCCGGUGGCCCUGGAUAGUGCCAAAUUACCACAGUUUCCAAUGAAAAAGCAGUUUGACAUCAAGGUUAAGCAGUGAAAAUCUCUCUAAAUAUAUCGCACACUUAGAUCGAUAAUGAUUCUUGAAGGCUUGCCUUCCUUUAGGUUGCUAAAAUAUGUUUUGUUGCGCCCAUCCACAGCAGUACAUUGAUGAGCUUCCAUCCUGUUUGGGAUGUACUGACUGCCGUCUACUGUAGGUAUCAGUACCUCAUACAACUACACUCGAAGAAUCUCUUUAAACACUGUAACUCUAUUUGAAUCCAGCAGUAGUUAUCAUGUCUAUUAUGGCGAUUUUCCUUUAAAUUUAAAUUUGUUUAGGAUAUUUUGUAAAUUUUAGAACACAAGUUUAAUGAAUGUACAUUUUCUUUCCAUUAUUAUUAUUAUUAUUGUUGUUAGUAGCAGUUGUGACAUUAAA